UGCCGAUGGAAACAGUUGAUGGUACUACAUGUAGGUACUAGUUACAUGGUACCUAUGUAUUAUCACCCAUGAUAAGUUACAUAGUGUAUAUGUAGUAUGUGAAUUGAAGGAAAUAGCUACCGAGAAUACAACAUUGAAAUGAACGCUUCGUUUUCUAUAACACAGUAACAGUUAGUACCUACCUCUAGCAUUGGAGUCACAAUGGAGUGAGCUCACUUAGAAGGUUAGAGUACUAUGUAGCACCUAGUUCAAUAAUCGCGAAAAGCUGCCAUGGCUUCAACGGUCAAGACUUCUGCACAUGUAGGGCCCUCUACUUUAGGAGGCCAGCCUUUCGUUUCCAAGUGGUCUUCACGAUAUCGAGGAGCAACAGUCCAAGACCUCGAGCCCCCCUCAGCCCUCUCCCUCAACCCAACAGACCCCAUCUCACUCGCCCUCAUCUCCGCCUUCGAGCGCGACUACACGCACCUAACGGUCGUAGACUCGACGACCCGCGCGCUGCUGGGCUACAUCGCGAUCCCCGUGCUGCAGGCGCAGCUCGACGCCGGCAAAGUGAAACCCGAGGAGCCCAUCUCCAAGGCCAUGGCCCGCUUCGAGCGGAAAGGCCGCACCUACAAGGUCAUCAGCAUGGCCACGCCGCUCGAGGAGCUCGAGGAGUUCUUCGAGGGCGGCGGCGUCGGCCAGAAGCAGGAGUUCGCUGUUGUGACUGAUGAGGAUCGGAGGUUUGUCCUCGGUGUUGCCACGCGGAAUGAUCUCGAGGAGUUUGUUAAGAGGCGGCCGGCAUGAUAUGAUCUAUGUGCUUGAGAUCCGAGACGAUAAAUAACGUGCACGGGUCGGCAUGAUACUGAGCGGGUUGCUAUUUAUACAGUAUACGGGCAUCUAAUGGAGAACGGCGCUAUAGAAGGACUUUGAUAUUGAUGUCACGGGUGUUUUUUACAAGUUCGGGGGUUUCAACACCUUACCUACUACAUACUUACUUACAUAGGAGCCUUGUUCAACAGAAAGUGAGGACAUGGACCUUAAAUCGCGAGAUGUGUUUAUUAUACCUAAUAUCCCUGAGACCCGAGCCGAUUG